ACUAGUGAUUUUAUGAGCAAGGAGCAAGUAGGAGGGGAGCGGAGAGCGAAAACAUUUGUGCAACCAUACGAGGAAUUUGUAACUGGAACCCACCUGAGAGUCAAAACCUACGCCUACCUGCUUUUCGGGUCUUUCAAAUAACAGAAUAACAGCAGCAGCAGCAACAGUGAGCCAUGCGUGAGUACAAAAUCGUGGUUCUGGGAAGCGGCGGCGUGGGCAAAUCCGCGCUGACAGUCCAGUUCGUGCAGUGCAUUUUCGUGGAGAAGUACGACCCGACCAUCGAGGACAGCUACCGGAAGCAGGUGGAGGUGGACGGGCAGCAGUGCAUGCUGGAGAUCCUCGACACCGCGGGCACGGAGCAGUUCACCGCGAUGAGGGACCUGUACAUGAAGAAUGGCCAGGGAUUCGUGCUGGUCUACUCGAUCACGGCGCAAUCCACGUUCAACGAUCUGCAGGACCUGCGCGAGCAGAUACUGCGCGUCAAGGACACGGAUGAUGUGCCCAUGGUGCUCGUGGGCAACAAGUGCGACCUGGAGGAGGAGCGGGUGGUUGGAAAGGAGCUGGGCAAGAGCCUGGCCACCCAGUUCAACUGCGCCUUUAUGGAGACCUCAGCCAAAGCCAAAGUGAAUGUGAACGACAUCUUCUACGACCUGGUCAGGCAGAUCAACAAGAAGUCGCCCGAGAAGAAACAAAAGAAACCGAAAAAGUCCCUAUGUGUUCUGCUAUAAGACUUCCAAAACCCAACCAUAAAAAAAAUACAAAAAAAAAAAACAAAAAAGAAUCGACAGGAUUGAAGGAAACUAGGAGUAGAGAGGAAUAGAGAGGGGAUUGAAGUGUAAGAGUAAAGUUUUAAAUUUUUUUCGUUCUUGUUUCGAUUUUUGAGAUCCAAAUGCUAUUAAAAGUUGAAAUAACCAAUAUACUAUGUACAAGAAACCUAAACUGACAAUGUUUUAGAACUGUUUCGAGUUUUUGUAAUUACCAUUUACUACUAUUAUGAUUGUGUACUAUUUUCGCUGAAGAACCAUUGAUGAAUAUGGGGAAUUAUUUAAUAUACGUAUACCACACAUAUAUAUAUACACAUAUUGUCGUUCGUUUUUGAGCCGUUUUUUAAAUUAUGCAACAAGUGAAACAUUCGUAAACUAAAACAUUCGUAUUUAUUGAUUCUAUUCGGUUAUACUCUACAGUACGUACGUCUACUGCACACAACAAGAGCCCCAACCCCCCAAGAACCCAACCAACAACAAGAAAUAUAUCUAUUAAUAGAACCGUAAACAAUGUCGUUGCUCUUCUACCAAUUGAAACACAAAGAAGGUAUAAAACAUUCAAAACAAAAUCAAAUUAAGCUAAAUUAAAUUGUACGCCUAAAGCUAAAAGAAUUCCACUAAACCAAGUAAAUUGAGAGCGUGAGCAAGGGAGGAACAUAUUUUAUAAAAAUAUUGUAUGCAAAUGAUGUCAAAAUGUUGCAAACAGCCAGAAGUAAAGCGCCCAUUUAGUAAUUAGUUUAAAACAAAUUUACAACUAAUUGUUUAACGCGAUCAGAUCAAUUGCAUCAAAUUUCAAUUCAUGGCCCCACACAUCCCAUACACCACAACCAUACACUACACUACACUCCACACCCCACACCCCACAUCCACAUCCAUAAACACACAAACAAUGGCACUCCGGAAUGCUCUCAGAGAGCGAGAACGGAAGAGGGCGAGUGCCACUUCCGCAUCCUUUUAGUGGGACAGCUAAAAAUAAAACAGCCACAAAUUCUAGUAUAUUUAUACAUAAGAAAUGGUUUAACUUAAACUCUCGUGUCAAUCCCAAAUGAAGAGAAGCCUAAAAACGAAGUAAACUUAUAAUUAUUUAAUAAUACGAAAUGCAUUAACUUCACGUACGAGUAGAAACCGACAUGCCCUUAAAUCAAAGUCUAAACACAGCCAACAACCAACAUUAAAACUAAAACAAAAAAUAAAAAUACAAAUAAAGAUAAAAGUCUAAGCCCAAGCAUAAUAUACACAUAUAUAUAUUAAAUAUAUGAUUAAAAUAAAAAUCAUUUUUGAAAUAAUAAACAAACCCGUUACAAUAACAUAAUGUAAUAAUGAACGUGUGAAAAAUGUAAUUGAAAAACCAUUUUUUCGAACUUGUUACUCCACUCACUGCGACUUCGAGGACCUACAAGGGGAUCCCCAUUAAAUAGGAGGGGUCCUCGAUAGCCCUGAAGCCUCGGUGAAUCAGGUCUGCAAGUUCGAGUAUCUUUUAAUUAUUAAUAAAUGUAUUAUGUUUAUAAAAAAUUAAAAAGGAAAUGCAAAAACAAAAUAAAAAUUAUAUAAAUUCA